AUGUCUCCCAUUGCAAUUGGGACGCAAGACGCGAACGGCGCCCCCAAAUACAACGAGUCUACCUAUCACGCGGCAACCACCGACGCCGCAAUCGCUGCCGAGCAUGAAUACGCCGCUCACAAUUACCAUCCUUUGCCCGUCGUCUUCGCUCGUGCGUUGGGCACCUCGGUGUGGGAUCCCGAGGGUCGCCACUACCUGGACUUUCUGUCCGCAUACUCUGCUGUCAAUCAAGGCCACUGCCACCCUGAGCUCGUGAAGGCUCUGGUGGACCAAGCAUCCAAAUUGACCCUGAGUUCACGUGCUUUCUAUAACGAUGUCUUUCCCAAGUUCGCCGAAUUCGUGACCAAGUUCUUUGGUUUCGACAUGGUCCUUCCCAUGAACACCGGCGCCGAAGCUGUGGAGACUGGUAUCAAGAUUGCCCGGAAAUGGGGUUACAAAGUAAAGGGCAUUCCCGAAAACCAAGCCAUUGUGCUCAGUGCUGAAAACAACUUCCACGGUAGAACGUUCGCUGCUAUUUCCUUGUCUUCGGACCCCGAGUCACGGGAUAACUAUGGCCCGUACCUGCCAAAUAUCGGGCACAGUAUUCCUGGUACCGAAAAGCCAAUCGUCUAUAAUGACAAGGCUUCGCUGCGCGAGGCUUUUGACAAGGCAGGCUCUAACCUCGCUGCAUUCCUGGUGGAACCCAUUCAAGGUGAAGCAGGCAUUGUCGUCCCGGAUGACGAUUAUUUGCAAGAGGCCCGUGCCCUGUGCGAUAAGCACAAUGUGCUGCUCAUCUGUGAUGAGAUCCAAACAGGUAUCGCCCGUACCGGAAAGCUUCUUUGCCAUGAGUGGAGCGGCAUCAAGCCCGACCUAGUGCUGCUUGGAAAGGCAAUCUCUGGAGGAAUGUACCCUGUCUCCUGUGUGCUUGGCAAAAAGGAAAUCAUGCUCACAGUUGAGGCUGGCACGCACGGUUCGACUUACGGAGGCAAUCCGCUUGGUUCGGCUGUUGCCAUCCGAGCUCUGGAGAUCAUCCGCGAUGAGAACAUGGUGCAGCGGGCUGAAGAGCUUGGUAAAAUCUUCCGUGAUGGAUUGGAGGCAAUCAAGAGCCCUCUUGUUCAGACAGUACGCGGCAAGGGACUGCUAAAUGCUAUUGUCAUUGACGAGAGCAAAACAAACGGUCACUCAGCGUGGGAUCUCUGCAUGUUGAUGAAGACCAAGGGAUUGCUGGCCAAACCGACUCACCAGAACAUCAUCCGUCUGGCACCUCCCCUUGUCAUCACAAAAGAAGAAAUCAAGAGCGCUCUUGACAUUAUCAAGCAGUCUCUCGAAGAGCUUCCUACUCUUUCUGGAAAGAAAGAAGAUGCUGUUAUUCCUCCCCCGGAGAAAAAAGUCAAGAUCGGAGUCGAUAAUUAG